AGUGACUCUCUGACUCUGUUGUGAAACACAUGUACUCAAGGAUUAGUCCAAAGGAAGUCUUGGAAACAGCUAUUCUUUCCCUACGAAGGUAAACUCUCCGACUAAAGGAACAGUCUUCAAGAAGUGGAAAAAGUAGCUCCUGUGAAGUUACAAACUUUCCUCAGAAAAUCCACGAUGGAACGAAACUGCGUCAUGUCUCUCCUGGUCUUUUGCACCCUCAAUAAGCUGCUUGUGAUGGCGACCCCUGAAGAUGACCUGGUGGAGCAUCUGAACCACCGUGGGGAACACCAGGCGACACGGAACCAAAUCGCCACGGCCCAGUACGAGUGUUUCCAGAGGAUGGUACAAGAUUCCCACCGCAGAGCCAAAUCAAUAGGGCCAGUGUGCAACACCACCUGGGAUGGGUGGCUGUGCUGGGAUGAAACUGAAGCCGGACCAACAGAGCAGAGAUGUCCGGACUACUAUAAAGAUUUUGAUCCUCAUGCAAUGGCCUCCAAGGUGUGCUCAGAAACGGGCGAGUGGGGACGCCACCCCGAGAGCAACAGGACGUGGACCAACUUCACAAUCUGCCAAGCCAACACCACGCAUCACGGGAGACAGGCAAUGACUCACUUCUAUCUUGUUAUGAUUGGUCACGGCCUGUCGCUGGUCUCACUGCUCAUAUCGUUAGGAAUAUUCUUCCAUUUUAAGAGUCUGAGCUGCCAGAGGAUAACGCUCCACAAAAACCUCUUCCUCUCAUUCGUACUGAACUCCAUCAUCACUGUUGUCUGGCUUACAACCGUGGUAAAGAAACAGGGACACACGUACAACGAUUCUGUAUGCUGCAAGCUGCUCAUGUUCAUCCACCUGUACCUGCUGAGCUGUAACUACUUCUGGAUGCUGUGUGAGGGCAUAUACCUCCACACCCUGAUCGUGGUUGCCGUGUUUGCAGAAAAACAACACCUCGUGUGGUACUACCUGCUAGGCUGGGGUUUUCCACUCCUGCCGACGGUGAUACAUUCGAUAGCGCGCUUCUCCUUCUACAACGACAAAUGUUGGGUCAGCUCAGAUACCUCCUUGCUGUACAUUAUCCAUGGCCCCAUCUGUGCAGCAUUGGUGGUGAAUCUUUUCUUCCUGCUGAACAUCGUUCGGGUUCUUAUCACAAAGCUGAGAGUGACGCAUCAGGCCGAGUCCAGCCUCUACAUGCGGGCGGUGAGAGCAACGCUCAUCCUCAUCCCCCUCCUCGGCAUCCAGUUCGUGCUGCUCCCCUACAAGCCCCAAGAUCACUGGGUCUCUGAGAUCUACCUGUACGUCAUGGAGAUCCUCAUGCACUACCAGGGUCUCUUGGUUUCUACAAUUUUCUGCUUCUUUAACGGAGAGGUUCAGAGCGUUCUGCGGAGGAAUUGGAACCAGCAGCGGAUGCAGUUUUCAGGCACGUUUGCCAACGCCGACUUCUUCCGCUCGGCCUCCUAUGUGGCGUCGUCGCUCACAGAGGUCCACCGCUGCUACAGCAUUGAGAGCCACACCGAGCACAUGAACGGCAAGAGCUACUCAGACAUCUUCAGAUCGGAAAGCCCUUUCGUGUGACGGAGACACGUGAGACACCGUUUCUUUGACCUCUACCACGAUGUUACCAAGAUUGACGUCUUCUUGGAGUGUUACUACUGUUCAUGGGAGAUGAAUACAAACUUUGUGGUUGUUUUUAAAUCUCUCAGCCAAAAAAACUAAAUUACCCUUUUUCACAAAUAUUACCAAAACAGAAGGACACCUUACAAAUAUUCAAAGGACCCAUUGCCGGACAAAAGGAAGACCCCCUGAAUCUAACGGUGUCACUGUAAAGCAUUAACUUAAGGAUGUAAUGCUUUUCUCCAUCAUGUGGAUUAACUUGAAGAUACCAUUUUAAAAUGGGCGGUUGGUGCUGUGGGAAGGUGAUGCACGAAAAGCCUGUUUUCACAACUCAUCUCUUGAUAGCAAGAGCCAGAGUUAGCAGGAGCUAGCAUAAUGGCACACUUGAAAUAGCAACAAAUAAGUUGGAAAGGAAAACUUAAUGCCAAUCAGUCAAGAAAAGUAAAAUAAGUAGCAUGCUUUUUGUUGUUAGACUAUACUCAACUACACCACAAAGUACAAACGCAAAAAUAGAGCAAAUAAUUAGCUUGCUAGCUAAAUGUCAUUCCUGCUUUUUAACUACUUUUAAUUAAAUGCAUGCAACUCAGAGUUUUCUAUUUAUGUGUAAGGUUAGAAGAUAAGUCAGGCUCACUGUUCCUGCCUAAUAUCUGAUAUUCCAAAAUGCUGGGGAGACUAAGAUUCACAGAAGAAAAUGUCUUGUGUUCUGUAUGAAUAUGACAUAUGGAGGCACACAAUAUGAAGCCUUUAGUGAACUGUUUAUACUUGGUCAGCUAAGAACACAUCAUUGUACAACACAACCUUUUAGAGGAAUACAAAAAAAAGAAUUCAGCAAGAACUGACAUGUUGAUUGACUGAUAAGAUAAAGUUAGUCACCUUCAGUAAAAUACAAUGUUACUUUCCUGUGGAGUGAAGAGCUGCUGGUUUCAGCCUUUCCAAACAGGAAAUACACUUUUUCACUUCCUUGACGAGGUUUUGGUGAGAAGAUCAAAACCACUCUGACUGAUGUGUGUUCAGUAAGAAUGUGCUUAGCUUAGCUUAGCAUAAAGAGCGGAAACUAAACCUUUAAAUCUGAAGCACUGAAUAUUUUAUAAUGCUAAAAAACGAGUUACUAUCAUGUACUAUAAUGAUUUAGAACAAAUUCAAAGCUUUGAGGGGUCAGAAAGACUGGAAAAGUACUGUAUAAAUGACGUCCAUUUCACAUUUGCCAUUGAGUAUGCUAUGUUAGCUUAGCAUAAAGAGAACGCGAUUUCUUCGGAAAAAAACACGUAAAAAGAAUAUAGCUUGGGUUUUCUACACACAGAGUCUCAAUAAUAAUAGGGCUUGUAUUAACACAGGCAACUUUGAAAGGAGAAGGACAUAUAUUAUCUAAAAUAUUCUAAAUAAAUGGUUUGAAUCACAGAAGUGUGUUUUCCCAUGCUGUUACACACAAUCAUUCUACUCAUUUUCAUGUUGCAACAUAGUUGUGUCAGUAAGUGCUUGUUAAUACUGGAGAAAUAAUGCUGUAAAUAAAAACAAGCUGUUUUAAACUGAGAUUCAGAAACAAAGAGUCACUGCCUUUGUUUUUCCUCCCUUAAUGUCUUCGUAGACAAAUGAAAUAAAAGAUCUAACUGUUUUCCUUCCCACAUCAUUUAAUUGAGGGCGGUAUUUCCUUGUGUGAUCUCAGAAAACGUUACCCACUAAAAUGAAUAUUGUUUCCAGACAAAGCAGGGCGUGCUGCUGUCUGUUCCUCGUCCAGCAUCCUUUAUAUGACCAGGUGCAAUUAGGAAGUCCCAGAGGAAAAGGGCUAUAUGUAUUCUUUCACUGCACCGUUUAUCAAAUGCAAAAGAGACACUGCAAAAGCACUUAGCGUGCCACUUUCAUUGUGUCUGUCUGCAGAGCCACGAUGAUCAAAAGCAUGUGUGUGAGGGUUUGUCAUUGUAGGGGAUAUUUAAAAGCUAUAUUGCAUGCUUCUCAUGAUCUCAGUCCCAAAGGAUCCCGUGUGCAGAACACUAAACAUGUGUCAUUUUUACAAUACAACUUUUAACAUGCUUCCUGUAACACCAUAUGAAAGAUGGUGACCUGAGUGGUUUCUAAAGGCACACUCUUCCUUUAGAACGAUAGAAAUCCACAUGUAACAGAUCUCAAGGUGUUUCUGUUGUUUACCUCACAACACCAGUCCCACCCCCCUUUUUAUUUACCUCAGUGGAAAUCA